AGGCAUACAUUGGAUUAACCACAAAGAAAAAAAUAAAGUGUGGCACUGAUAAGGGAAACCCGAAAAACAAAGUGGAUUUGGAAAUUGAAUUUGAUGAGCUAGGCCAAAAUAUCGAAGCGACCCAAUCUCAGUUUAGCAAUUAUUGUGGAGUCAUGGUAAGGACGAGGAUUUCUAUCCUCAUAUUAUGAUGGGAUGAAGUUCCUAAGGCUAAAAUCGAUGAAUUGUGGCUAAACAUUAAGAAACAUUAGAAUAUAGAAGAUCAUCGGCACAAAAAAUAGGUACUAAAAAUUUGCAAUCAAUCAUGGAAGGCUUACAAGAGCAGGCUUGUUACUGACUGCCUAAAGAAGGGUAGAAAUUCGGUACCUAAAUAUCCAUACCUAGAAGAGCCUACAUGGAACGCUUUUGUUCAACUCAAAACAUCACCGAGCUUCUAGGAAAUAAGCAGUAAAGCUACGGAGACUGCAAAGUUGAACAAGUAUCCGCCUCGGAUAGGCCCACGUGGGUAUUAUGGUUUGAAACCUCAAUGGGAAAUAGAGAUGGAUUCUGGUAAGUCAAUAGAGUUACAUAAUAUAAGAAGUGAACGUGCAUGGAAUUUUAUCCUUGCUAGGUUAAAACGUGAUCCCACAGGGACAUACUCGUUAUCUACUGAUCUCUACUCAUUGGCGUCUGAAUUGAUCGAAAAAGAUACCCAAUUAUCUCACGCAGAUUGGUUUCCUGGACCUGGAUCCGAUGUGCUUACAAAGGUGCUAGGUCCCGGCCAUCCAGGCUGUACGAGGGCUGUUAGGCACAAUGUUGGCUUGAGACAAUCCAUGCCUAGGGUUGAUAAGAACAAAAAGGAAGAGGCAUGAUAAAUAUAACUUGGAAGAUAUUAAGGAGAAGAUGAAGAUCAAGGUUGAGGCUAUGAUGGAGGCCAAAAUGGAAGCGAAGAUAGAACAGAUGAAUACUCAGAUGGAAUAGAUGAAAACAUAUAUGCAACAAUUUCUCUCAAAGAAUAAAGGCAUACACAUUACAAACCCGGUGUUGAAAAGAAAUGGUGUCAUCUCGACUGUACCAGAUGAGUUAGAUGGGAUAAAGACUCCUACUGCUUGCAAGCUAGUGAUACCAUACGACGCGAUGAACUAGAAAUAUGCAAAAGGGAUGGUCUUUCCAUAUGGGAAUGGGAAAAUACAUUCAGUUCCUUUAAAUGCAAAUCAUUUAAGGGUAUCCAUAGACAAGAUCUAUGACCAACAUGAUUGUAUCCUUCUUCCUGUCUCGACUGAAAAAGCGAGUAAGUUGUAUGAGGCGCUUCAUGGUAUAGUUCAGUGGCUAAGGAAUGCAAUUAAGAUCAGUCAGUCCUCACAGUUCAAGCCAAAUGUUGAACAAGAUAAAAGAUGUUCCUUUCUACCGGUAGCUGUCGACCUGCAACCUCAGAUAACCAAGAGUAUGCUAGUAAUCUCGAAGGGUGCUAUAAAGAAGACCAAGCCAACAAAUGAAAGUUUGAUACCACAUACUUCUAAUAAGCAAGUCGAACGAGAAAAAAAAUACCCCUGGUCAUGAAAAGAAUGUAUAUAAGUUUGAUGAAUCAUGAAGCUCCUGAUGAUGCGAUUUAUGUUGAAGCCGAACCUGGGAUCCUUGGAGUUUAGAAAAUUGAAACAUACGUUUACCCUAAGGAGAUUUUAUGUUUUUUGAAUAAACAAUGGCUUGAUAUUAGUGUCAUAACUUGGUUUCAAAUCAUGUUACAUUCAAUGCUUGAAACACAUGUUGGGAAUCAAGUGAAAAAAUGUGAUUUCAUUUCCCUGAGUGAGAUUCAGGCAACGAUAUGCGAGUCAAAUGGUGAGGGUGUUGUAAGUUACAUUGUUGAUGCAAUGCGCUUCCAUAAAAACAGACGAUUUUUUCUCGCACCCUAUUGGCAAGGAUUGCAUUAGAUACUGCUAGUAUUCUGCCCUAACCAAGGCACAAAGUAUAUCGUGGAUUCCCAAAAAAAUUCGGAUGAGAAACCCAUGGAGAACUACAUAGUCAUGAAAUAUGUCAAAGAGAUUGUUGCAAGGCUUAAGGAAGAUAUCGACACAACACAUCCAAUAAAUUAGACACUUGUCGAGUGCAACCAACAACCAUCAGGUUGGGAGUGCGGUUUUUACGUCAUGAGAUGGAUGUUUGAGUUCGUGUUGACUCGACAAAAUGAAUUCCCAAACAAAAACAACUGAAAUGAUACAAAAUUGUUUCCAGAUUAAUGUUAAAUGAAAUCAUAGUUAUGUGGAGUUCAAGGUUUGAGAGUAAGUAUUUUAGUUAAGUGCCCAUUUGUAAAGUAUGUUAUUGCAAUUAUAGAGUUUGACAUCUACCAGAUGAAUCUUUUUGUCUUUUUAUAUAUUUAAUUUUUCAUUGAUUAAGAUGGACACAUUGGGUUUAUUGCAAAUUAUGUUUGAAUUGGAUAUUGUUAAUUUUAGAAAUUAAUGACUAAUCAUGCUUUUGUUUUGACUUUUAUAUACAUUCUGAUUGUUCAUGAAAUGUUUGUGUGUAUAAAUUAUUUAUGCACAUGUUUUUUUUUAUAGAAAAGUGUAAUUAUUGUAUUUAAUUUAUGAAGAAACCGCACUUUACAAUAUUUUAUAAGGAGUACG